CACGCUCCUUCGGCCCAAGAAAAAGAACAAGUAAAAGGUUUUAUUUUCCUUAUUCUCUGUAAAGAAAUAGAAACAAAUCAAGAAUCGUUCUGUUUCUCUCUCUACAAGUCUGCCGGCCCGUAGAAACAAACAAAGUCAAUUUCUCUUCCUCUGUCCAUAACCAAAAUCCAAAAGACCCAAAACCCAAACCUAAAAAGGCAGAUCGGACUGCUGUUUUCUCUAUCAGUGAACUGAGAAAUGGCGGUCGGGAGAGAAGAUGGUGAGAUUAUACAGCCCAGAACGGACAAAAGGCAGUAUCGAAGGAUCGUACUUCGUAAUUCCCUUCAAGUUCUCCUCAUCAGCGAUCCCGACACCGAUAAGUGUGCUGCUUCUAUGAAUGUGGGUGUUGGUUCCUUUUGUGACCCCGUUGACCUCUUAGGGCUUGCUCAUUUUCUUGAGCACAUGCUGUUUUAUGCUAGUGAAAAGUAUCCCUUGGAAGAUAGUUACUCCAAGUACAUAACAGAGCAUGGAGGCAGCACAAACGCCUUCACAGGUUCUGAGCAGACAAACUAUUAUUUUGAUGUUAACACUGAUUGCUUUGAAGACGCUCUGGACCGUUUUGCACAAUUCUUCAUCAAUCCAUUGAUGUCAGCUGAUGCUACCAUGAGAGAAAUUAAAGCUGUUGAUUCUGAGAACCAGAAAAACUUACUAUCUGAUGCGUGGAGAAUGAUCCAGCUUCAGAAACAUCUAAGCUUGGAAAGUCAUCCAUAUCAUAAAUUCAGCACUGGGAACUUGGAUACUUUGGAUGUCAGACCAAAAGCAAAAGGAUUAGAUACAAGGCAAGAACUCCUUAAGUUCUAUGAAGACAAAUAUUCAGCCAACCUCAUGCAUCUGGUUGUUUAUUCAAAAGGGAGCCUUGAUAAAAUUCAGAGUAUGGUGGAGGACAAGUUCCAGGAAAUUCGAAACUCUGAUAGAAGCUGUUUCCAGUUUCCUGGUCAGCCUUGCACAUCAGAACAUCUUCAGAUUCUUGUCAAAGCUGUUCCAAUAAAACAAGGCCACAAAUUAAGGAUUGUAUGGCCAAUAACUCCAAGCAUUCUUCAUUACAAAGAAGGGCCAUGCAGGUAUCUUGGUCAUCUCAUUGGUCAUGAAGGAGAAGGAUCUUUAUUUUACGUCUUGAAAACAUUAGGAUGGGCUACUGGAUUGUCUGCUGGUGAAGGUGAAUGGUCUUUGGAGUUUUCUUUCUUCAAUGUUGUAAUUGAUCUCACUGAUGCUGGCCAUGAUCACAUGCAAGAUAUUGUUGGGUUGCUAUUUAAAUACAUUCAGCUGUUGCAGCAGUCUGGCAUUUGCAAAUGGAUAUUUGAUGAGAUCUCAGCUGUUUGCGAGACAGGAUUUCACUAUCAAGACAAAAUCCCUCCUAUUGACUAUGUUGUAAAUAUUGCAUUAAACAUGCAGAUAUAUCCUCCCAAAGAUUGGCUAGUGGGGUCAUCAUUGCCUUCGAAUUUCAAUCCAGACACCAUAAAAAUGAUACUAAAUGGUCUUUCUCCUGAGACUGUCAGAAUCUUCUGGGAUUCAAAGAAAUUUGAGGGACUGACUGACAAGGUUGAGCCAUGGUAUGGUACUGCAUAUUCUGUUGAGAAAGUUAGCCCCUCAAUGAUUCAGGGAUGGAUGUCGUCAGCUCCUAAUGAAAAGCUGCAUCUACCUGCACCUAAUGUCUUUAUACCAACAGACUUGUGUAUUAAGAAUGCACAAGAGAAGGUCAAAUUUCCAGUUUUAUUGAGAAAGUCAUCCUAUUCAAAAUUAUGGUUCAAGCCUGAUACAAUGUUCUCUACUCCUAAGGCAUAUGUUAAGCUAGACUUCAGUUGUCCCCAUGCUAUCAACUCUCCUGAAGCUGAGAUUCUUGCAGAUCUUUUUGCACGGUUAUUGAUGGAUUACUUAAAUGAAUAUGCUUACUAUGCUCAGGUUGCUGGUCUUCAUUAUGGCAUAAGCCUUACAGAUUGUGGUUUUCAGGUGACAUUGCUUGGUUAUAAUCACAAAUUGAGGAUCUUGCUGGAAACUGUAGUCAAUAAAAUUGCAAAUUUUGAAGUGAAACCUGACAGAUUUUUGGUAAUCAAGGAAAUGGUAAUGAAGGAAUAUGAAAAUUUCAAGUUUCAGCAACCCUAUCAACAGGCUAUGUACUAUAGCUCAUUAAUACUAGAGGACCAUACAUGGCCUUGGAUGGAACAACUUGAAGUUUUGCCUCAUCUUAACUUGGAAGACCUUGCAAAAUUUGCUCCCAUGAUGCUCUCGCGGGCCUUCCUAGAGUGUUACAUUGCAGGAAACAUUGAACGUGACGAAGCAGAAUCAAUGACUCAGCAUGUUGAAGAUGUUUUCUUUAAGGGUCCAAAUCCUAUAUGCCAACCACUGUUUCCAUCCCAGCAUCUAACAAAUAGAGUGGUCAAACUUGAAAGAGGCAUGAACUACUUCUACUCUAAGGAGGGCCUUAAUCCCAGUGAUGAGAAUUGUGCCUUAGUCCACUAUAUUCAGGUUCAUCGGGAUGAUUUUAUACUGAAUGUGAAACUUCAGCUUUUCGCUCUUAUUGCAAAGCAACCUGCCUUCCAUCAGCUUAGAUCUGUUGAGCAACUGGGAUACAUUACUGCCCUCAUGCAUAGGAAUGAUUGCGGAAUCCGUGGGGUGCAGUUCAUUAUCCAGUCUACAGUAAAGGGUCCUGGACAUAUUGAUUUGAGAGUUGAGGCAUUCCUCAAAAUGUUUGAGAGUAAACUGUAUGAGAUGACAAAUGAUGAAUUUAAGAGCAAUGUAAAUGCAUUGAUUGAUAUGAAGCUUGAGAAGCACAAGAAUUUAAGUGAAGAAUCUAGAUUCUACUGGCGAGAGAUUAUUGAUGGGACACUCAAGUUUGAUAGGAGAGAAGCUGAGGUUGCAGCAUUAAGGCAGCUUACGCAACAAGAAUUGAUAGAAUUUUUCAAUGAAAAUAUUAAAGUUGGUGCAACUCGAAAGAAAACACUUAGUGUGCGAGUGUAUGGGAAACAACAUUUGGCUGAAUACAACUCGGAGAAAAGUGAACCAGUUGAGCCAAAGACCAUCCAAAUUGAUGAUAUCUUCAGUUUUAGAAGAUCACAACCUCUUUAUGGUUCAUUCAAAGGAGGCUUUGGUCAUAUGAAGCUGUAGGUUCUAAGAGGAGAGAUGAGGAAAUGGACUAGUGUUACUGGCAAAAGCGUCCUUCUUCCUGUUAGUUUUCCUAGAAUGGAGAAAAACAGAAAAUCCCUCCCAUUUAUAUUUGAUCAUUUGUUGUAUCUUCCCAGUGUGUGAAGAAUAAUUCUCUAGGUACAGAAACAGAGUUUGCAGUCAUUUGUAUAUCAAACAACUAAACCUCUGGAUUCCAAUGCAUUGAAUUAGGUUUGCUUAA